GACGCUGCUGGCCCAGUCAACUCCCCCCCCCAGUCCGCUUCCCCGCCCCGUCGGCGCCAGUCGCACGUGUCGCACAUCGCGCAGCCCCCGCCCGAGCAGGAGAAGCAGCUGCUGGGCGAGCUCCUCUUCCUGCGGGCGUGGCCUGUGGCGCGUGGCGCCGCGGAGUCGACGGAGGAGGUGCCCAAGCUCUGCGGCAGGGCCGUGGGGAUGCUGCUCCAGCUGCCCCCCGCGGAGCUGGGCCGGCUGAUCCACGACACGGGGAGCUUCUGCAGCAAGGUGCAGGAGGCCAUUCGCGCUCUCACGGGCAGGCCGUGCCCCUCGAGGGCCGCGAAGAAGGAGAAG